AUGGCGCAAUUGGUGACGUCAACUGGUUUCGCGACGCCCCGACAGUGCUUGGAAAGGAAGCUGAGAUCGAUUGCGAAGCACUCGACGAUGCUUCCCGCGCACUGUGUCGGGUCAGAGCGCAGACGGCAGAGCGAAAGGCCUAAGGUGCGAGCCAUCGCGGACCGGCUCGGGGCUCGGCAGAAAUUGUCCACGGACGUCCCGGAGCGGAUCUUGGAGGUGAGGCGGAUUCCGGAGGAAGAGUCGGCUACAGCCGCGGAGGAGAACAUCAUGAUCGAGGGUGACGCAUGCCCAAUCAACGAAAACGUCGUUUGGCAGACUCUUUGCCAGGAGGCGAGGGCCGACGCAAACUCUGAGCCGGCGCUGGCGAGCUAUCUCUUCUCCACCAUCCUGGCGCACAGGUCUCUGGAGGAUGCUCUUGCGUUUGUGCUCGCGAACAAGCUGCGAAGCAACGUGCUGCUGGACUCGCAACUGCUGGAAUUAUUCUCCGUGCAGUAUCGUCGAGAUCAUAGCUUGGUGAAGAAGGCUCAGGCGGACAUGCAGGCGGUGAUGGAUCGCGACCCGGCGUGUGACAAAUACCUACAGAUCCUCCUUUUCUUCAAGGGUUUCCAAGCCAUUCAGGCGCACCGCGUGGCGGCGGCUCUAUGGAGGCAAGACCGAAAACCGCUGGCGUUGCUGCUUCAGAGUCGCAUUUCUGAGAUUUUUCAUGUGGACAUUCAUCCAGGCGCAACCAUCGGCGAGGGAGUGAUGCUUGACCAUGCCACGGGUGUUGUGAUUGGUGAGACUGCGGUGAUUGAGAACAACGUGUCGAUACUUCACGGUGUAACGCUCGGCGGCACUGGAACUAAAGACGGAGACAGACAUCCAAAAAUUGGUUCAGGCGUAGUCAUCGGCGCGGGUGUCACCAUUCUUGGGAACAUAAAGGUGGGUGCGAACUCAAAGAUUGGGGCUGGUUCGGUGGUGCUGCAGGAGAUCCCAGAGAACAGCACUGCGGUUGGCAUCCCUGCACGUCUGGUGAAGGUCGGGACAAAGGCCGAGCCGUCCCUGAGUAUGGAUCAAGUCUCAGGCUUGGACUCCUUGAACUACAAUAUCUAG